GGCUGGUUCGAGCGGGGAGGGGGCGUCGUCGUCGUUAUUUCCGUGGUCCGGACGGUGCGUGCCGGCGCGGGUGGCCACGGGAGAAGGAGGUGUCAUUUUGAUGAAAGCGUCUGUCGAUGAAGAUGAUUCAGGCUGGGAACUCCGCAUCCCCGAAAAGAUGGAGAAGAGCAACACGAGCUGGGUGGACGUAACUCAGGACUUUGAAGAAGCUUGUCGAGAUUUGGUCUUUUUGAAGCCAUGUCUGCUAUUGAAAUGAUGGAUCCCAAGAUGGAUGCUGGCAUGAUUGGAAACCAAGUCAAUCGAAAAGUUCUCAAUUUUGAACCAGUUAUCAAGGAUGGCACAAUUAAAAUCAAAGAUCUUACCUUGCCUGAAUUGAUAGGGAUAAUGGAUACCUGUUUUUGCUGCUUGAUAACCUGGUUAGAAGGCCAUUCCUUGGCACAGACAGUAUUUACAUGCCUUUACAUUCAUAAUCCAGACUUUACAGAAGAUCCUGCCAUGAAAGCUUUUGCCCUGGGAAUCUUGAAAAUCUGUGAUAGUGCAAGGGAAAAAGUAAAUAAAGCUGCUGCUUUUGCAGAGGAAGAUUUUCAGUCAAUGACUUACGGAUUUAAAAUGGCUAGAAGUGUGACAGAUCUUCGAGUUACAGGCAUGCUAAAAGAUGUGGAGGAUGACAUGCAAAGAAGAAGUACUCAAAGUCGACAAGGAGAAGAAAGAGAUCCAGAAGUUGAACUAGAAGUAAUUGAACUUAUUUUCUGGUAG